AUGUCCAAAACUACAACAAGUACAACAACAACUUCAAAGUCUUCAAAAGAGACUUUUGAAUAUAAUGAAGAUGAGUUAUAUCCACCUCUGGAUCAUAGUGCCCGCUAUGCAUCGGAUCUGGAUGAAUCCGUUUUAAAGACCUUGGGAAUGUUGCCCGACGAGAUUGCAGCCUUUGUCAAACAACGCCACAUGUACAUAAACAAGGAUGUUAUCCUUAAGGACCAGGUCAAGACUCCGGACAAGUCGUCAUUCGUCGACUACAAGCAGUUGCACAUCAAGUCCCCGGUAAACAACGCACGUGCCAUCGAACUACUCAAGAAGUUGGUCAUUGUAAAGUUGAAUGGAGGCCUUGGCAGCAGCAUGGGUUGCAAGGGCGCCAAGUCCUCGAUCGAGGUUGCACCCGGAGUCACCUUCCUUGACAUGGCCGUCGCACAUAUUGAGCAGAUCAACCAAGACUAUAAUGUUGACGUGCCAUUGGUCUUGAUGAACUCAUUCAAGACAGACACCCAGACCACAAAGAUCAUUGAGAAGUACAAGACACACCGCGUGACCAUCAAGACAUUCGUCCAAUCCAAGUUCCCAAGAAUGUACAAGGACACCCUAAACGUUGUUCCAAAGCCCAGUAACGAGGCCAACCUAAAGGACUGGUACCCACCAGGAAGUGGUGAUGUCUUUAGAAGUCUCCACCGUUGUGGACUUCUUGAUGAGUUCAUCGCUCAAGGCAAAGAGUACAUCUUCAUCUCCAAUGUUGAGAACUUGGGAGCAGUCACUGAUUUGCAUAUCCUUAACCAUAUGGACAAUGAGAAGAUUGAGUUUGGUUUGGAGGUGACAACAAGGAUCAGCACAGAUACAAGCGGUGGUGUGUUGAUGUCCUACUUGGACAGACUACACUUGUUAGAGCUCUCACAGAUCAAGCACGACAAGCUAAAGAUGUUCAAGGACUUUAAGUUCUGGAACACCAACAACAUUUGGGUCAGUCUCAGGUCCUUGAGUCCAUUGAUCAAGAGUGAUAAGCUAGUCCUUGAUUGGAUUGUCUCAUUCCAUAAUGAGAACCACAAGGCAUUAGUUCAAUUGGAAACACCAGCUGGAAUGGGUAUCCAGAACUUUAGCAACUCAAUUGCCUUCCUUGUCCCAAGAGGAAGGUACAGACCGAUAAAGUCCACAAGCCAGCUGUUGAUCUCACAGUCUAACCUGUUCCAAUUCGAGCAUGGCAAGAUGUCGAUCAAUCCAAAGCGUGACUCAUCCGACAUUCCUCUUGUAAAGCUUGGCGAGGAGUUCACAAGCGUGUCUGAGUACGAGAAACGUUUCAAGUCCAUUCCAGACCUGCUCGAACUCGAUCAUCUGACAGUGUCGGGUGAUGUCUACUUUGGUGUCAACACCAAACUAAAGGGCACCGUCAUCAUCGUUGCCAAUCACGGUGAGCGCAUAGAGAUACCCGAUGGUGUUACGCUAGAGAACAAGAUCAUCUCUGGCACUCUUAGGAUUAUGGAUCAC